AAUUUGAGCCUUUCCGACACCGUAGAGAACCCGGAAAUACUACGAAUGACCUAUCGUAGGUGCCCACAUUUUUCUCGGUGAUCUUCGAUUUCAAACUGUUUUCUCUUGUUUUCGGAAAGUUAACCACAUAUAUCAGCGAUAUAAAGUUGGAAAUAACCUGCCACCAUGUUCCUCACCCUCACUCUGCUAAGGAAAGGCAUCCCUGGAAAGCAGUGGAUUGGGAAGUACAGGCGUCCACGACCAAUCACGUGGCAGAUGAAACGCAACAUGCUAAAGCAUCUUGAGCGUGAGGCUGAGAACGAAUACUGGAUCAGCCGGCCAUACAUGACCCCAGAGCAGGAGUACUGUCACGCGGUAGAGCGCAGAGCCCAGAACUGGCUCAAGAUCAAGGAAGCGAAAUUUGCUAAUUUUCCUGAACACAAGAGUAUCGCUGAUCACUUGAGUCAUCUCAAAACCACCAAGACAUGGUCAAGUUAACAUGAUCAGGAGUAUGUAAAGACUGUCUUUCGAAAGAGAUGUUGUAAUAUGUCUAUUUGUAAUGUUUUACUGUGUUUAUAAAUGUAAGACAAGGCAAGGAAAAGUUGUCAACCAAGUCCAAAACAGACCACUGUAACUCCAUAAAACUGAUCUUUAAACUAAAUUUAUCAAAGACUGAAUCCAUACUGCAACCGGACUGUAACUGCUCUACAUUCAGUACUGCUUAUUUGGAUUAAAAAGGCUUUAAACAUAA